AUGGAUCAUUAUGGAGGUCAAAAUUUGCUGCCGGAUCUCUUAGAAAAUGGAAAUGUGAUGUACGAGGAACUGAGAGACCGCUAUCUUCAAUUCUCCUUGUAUGACUUCGACCGUUUCUCGAGGCACGAUUUGAUAGGUCACGUGGUCUUCAAAGGACUCUACGAAAUAGCAGAUCUACAGCAAGAAGUGGAGUAUACUAUGAGCAUACUAUGCCCUCCCAAGAUCAAAACAUUUAUUCGUGUUAAAAUGGAAGAUUGCCCUGAUGCAGAACUCCUUAAGGAUCCCGAAUUUGAUGAUUUUGACUCAUCGGCAUAUUUCGAGUUUGGUUCGGUUGACGUACGCUGA